AUGUUUCCCCUGGUUGGCUUGAGUAUCACUUGCUCCAUGAACAGCUUAUUAGUAAUUCCUGAUCAUGAAACACAAGACUGGAAUUCUGAAAAACCUGAAGAAUAUGCAGGAAUUUUUCAUUUUCGCUUUUGGCGUUAUGGUGAAUGGCUUGACGUUGUAAUUGAUGACCAACUUCCAACUCGGAAUGGCCAACUUCUUUUCAUCCACUCCAAAGAAAGAAAUGAAUUUUGGAGUGCUCUUCUUGAAAAAGCUUAUACUAAGUUGUUUGGAAAUUAUGAAGUCCUUGAUGGUGGAGAACUUGCUGAAGCUCUGGAAGAUUUCACAGGAGGCGUGUCUGAUACUAUGAACUUACAAAAAAUGGAAGUAGCAGAGAAAAUGGAGGAGAGAACAGCAUUAUUUGAACGCAUGAAAAAAGAGAUGGAUCGUAAUUCUCUAAUGGCAGCCUCAAUUCCUGCGACGUCUAGUGAAGAAAUGGAAGCCACUUUGGAUUCUGGUUUGGUGAAAGGCCAUGCUUAUGGAGUUACUUGUGUUAAGAAUAUCCAUUUAGAAGGUUCAGGCUUGUUUGGGAUAUUUGGAAGAGAGAAGAUGCCGAUGGUUCGUCUUCGCAAUCCAUGGGGUCAAUGUGAAUGGAAAGGAGCCUUUAGUGAUGGCUCACCAGAAUGGCAGAAAAUUGACAAAAAUGAUCGAAGUAAAAUUGGAUUAACAUUUGAAGAUGAUGGUGAAUUCUGGUAA